AUGGACGUUGCCGCCUCCGAGUUCUACCGCAGCGGGAAAUAUGACCUGGACUUCAAAUCCCCUGACGACCCCGGGCGCUACAUUAGCGGAGAGAAGCUGGGAGAGCUCUACCAGAGCUUCAUUAAGAACUACCCUGGGUCAGGCUGGUGCCCUAGAGGGAGAGGCCCGGUUCUGUGGGGCACAGGCGCUGCGGGGGCUCAGGUGAUCCCUCUCUGUGCCAGGCUGCUGGUGAUGAAGAUGCACAACCUGCACCGCACGGGGGCGAAGGCCGCGGACGCUGAGAGCAGCGAGAGCGAGGAGGAGGAGGACGAGGAGGAGGAGAAGAAACCCCAUCUGGAGCUGGCCAUGAUCCCCCACUACGGGGGCAUCAACCGUGUCCGGGUGACUCAGCUGGGUGGGACACAGGUGGCUGCAGUCUGGUCCGAGAAGGGGCAAGUGGAGAUCUUGGCCAUCUCCGACCCUGAGGCCAUGGCCACCUUCCUGCGGGAGGAACAAGCCAAAAUCAAACCCCUCUUCUCCUUUGCUGGACACAUGACCGAGGGCUUUGCCAUGGACUGGUCCCCCAUAGUGUCUGGUGAGCUGGGGGGUGCUGGGCAGCAGGGGGCUAUGGCCUCUCUCCCCCAGGUAUUCGCCUCAUGCUCAGCAGAUGGGUCCAUCCGGGUGUGGGAUGUGCGGGCGGCACCGAGCAGAGCCUGCAUGCUGACAGCCAGCCAGGCCCACGCCAGCGACGUCAACGUCAUCAGCUGGAACCGCCAUGAGCCCUUCCUCCUCAGCGGGGGGGAGGGUGGGGCCCUGCACAUCUGGGACCUGCGACUCUUCAAGGUCAGCCCUCUUCCCUCUCCCCCAGGCAACCCCUGCUCUGCCAACGCCCCUCACUCCCACCCCACAGCCCCGGCCAGCCCAGCCCUGCGCCCAAUCCUGCCCAGGCUCCUCACUUCUAAUCCCCCUUCCAGUCCUGGGCUUCCCCCCUUCUCUGCCGGUGCCCCUCCCUCCCCACCGGCAGCCCCCCCACUGCUGCUUUCUCCCCCCACAGACGGGCUGGCAACCUUCAAGCAGCACACAGCGCCCAUCACGUCGGUGGAGUGGCACCCCACAGACGCGGGGGUGUUUGCGGCCGCCGGCGCUGACGACCAGGUGACCCAGUGGGACCUGGCGGUGGAGCGGGAGCAGGAGGGGGAAGGGGAGAGCGAGGACGACCCAGCCCUGGCCUCCAUCCCCCCUCAGCUGCUCUUCGUGCACCAGGGUGAGACUGACAUCAAGGAGCUGCACUGGCACCCACAGUGCCCUGGGGUGCUGAUCACCACGGCCCUGUCCGGCUUCAACAUCUUCCGCACCAUCAGUGUCUGACGAGCGCAGCCAGGGGGGUGCAGAUCCCCUGAGCCUGGAGCCUCCCCCCUUGCAGAUGGACUAUUCCAGGUGUGGGGCUGCUCUUC